GCUCUAUGGCGGUUGCACUACCCUUAGCUUCUAUGGCGGUUGCAUCAAAUGUAGCUUUUGGCAAAUUCAGCGUAAAAGAAGUCGAUGACAUUCUGAGGGUUGCAAAAUACAACGACAUGGAACUAUUCAGUUCUAGAAUAGUGAUACGAGUCCAUGACGCAUGGCAGAGUGACGAGACUUACGACUUUGUAUGUUCCACUGGGUACUCCGAUCUUGCGUGCAAAGUAACCAAGAACUUGCAAGGCCCUGGAAUUGAGGUGUCGGCAGGCGUUGGAAGUUUUCGCAUUCGAACUGGUCCUGGAGUUAAGAACCCCCUGGAACAGAUCGAUGCUCACUUCUUCAGCGCUGAUGCAUCCAUCAGUUCCUCCUCGCACCAUGUCGAGGCUAAGAUUGGACUCACCCUGGCUGAAUGCCAUGUAUCCGCUUUAGAUUUUCGUGUCGGAGUUGGAUUAUCAUGUGGAGCAGGUAUCAAAGACGAUUCGCUUAACCUAAAAGUGGCGGGAACCGGUAUCCAGCUGGGUCGCAAGAUCGGUUUCUCUCUGUUCGGUACCUCAUUUAGCGUGGAUCUUGGCAAGCUUUUCAAGUAACUGGUCUGCACGAGAAUUGGACUAUCAACCUCUAAACACUGUGUACUAUACACUUGAACCGCCUUUUGCAUGUAGUUUGCUUGUCUACUUGUGUACA